AUGUCUAUCAAGUAUGAGUUACCAAAAUUGGCUUAUGCUCUCGAUGCUCUAGAACCGUCCAUCUCAGGACAGAUCAUGGACUUGCACUAUAACCGCCACCACCAGGCGUACAUCACGAACCUGAAUAACGCACUUUCGACUCAAGCUGAGGCAUUGUCCGGCUCAAACUUGCUCAAACAACUGGAGCUUCAGUCGGCUAUCCGCUUCAACGCCGGAGGCCAUGUGAACCACACCUUGUUCUGGGAAGGUCUCUCUCCUAAGUCCAGCGGCGACUCCAACAUCGCAACUUCUGCGCCUCAAUUAGACCAGGCCAUCGCCCAACGCUGGAAGAGUUUCGAAAACUUCAAGGCAGCUUUUGAAGCCACCGCUCUCGCGAUCCAGGGGUCUGGAUGGGUCUGGCUCGUCAAGGACAAGGACUCUAGUGCAAUUGAGAUCACUACGUCGAAGGACCAGGAGAUUCCGCCUCCUCCUGGAAAGCUGGUCCUCAUUGGCGUGGACAUGUGGGAGCACGCCUACUAUCUACAGUACUACAACAACAAGAAACAGUAUUUGACCAACAUCUGGGACGUGAUCAAUUGGAAAGUUGCCGAGAAGAGAUAUCAAGGGGAUGCGAGGGUGAUCUACGGAGACUUGGCAGGGUUGGCUUCUCACUUGUGA